AUGGGCGUCCACGGCAGACGGCAGCUCCGCGCCGCCCUCUCCAUCCUCCUCCGACCCUUCCUCCUCGCCCUGGCCCUAACCAUAUUCGUCCGCCUCUUCCUCUCCCCGUCCUCCUCCUCCUCCUCCUCCAAACGACAGCCGCCGCCGCCGCCCCUCACAAAGGCCCUCGUGAUCGCGUCGACGAGCGACCAGCCCCGCAGCGAGACGUCCUGGAUCGACGAGGAGGUCCCGGAGGACUGGCAGGUCUACAACUACGUCACCGACAGGCCCGCGUCGCCGGGCCUCGCCGUGCCGGCCAACAAGGGCAACGAGGCCAUGGCCUACCUGACCUACAUCGUCGACCACUACGACGCGCUGCCGGACGUCGUCUUCUUCCACCACGCGCACCGCCGCGGCUGGCACCAGGAGCUCGACUCGCCGGACGAGGUGCGCCGGCUGCGCGCCGGCUACGUCGCGCGCGCGGGCUUCGCGAGCGCCAGGUGCCUGCCCGGGUGCGAGAACGUGAUCCCGCUGGCCGGCUACUCGGUCGACCCGGCGGCGCUGCCGCAGCACGGGCGCAACGUGCAGCUGGCGACGCUGCUCGACGAGUUCCUCGACGCCGCGGCGGGGGAGCGCGUGCCGCGGCGGCUGGCGGCGCCGUGCUGCGCGCAGUUCGCGGCCAGCCGGGCGGCCAUCCGGCGGCGGGGCGUCGAGUGGUGGGCGCGGCUGCGGCGGUGGCUCGCCGAGACGCCGCUCGACAGCAUGACGAGCGGGCGGCUGAUGGAGCACACCUGGCACGUCUGGCUCGGGCAGGAAGCGCAGUAG